GUUACUCUUUAUUUAUUCCGCAAAUGGAAGUUUUAGUUCAUCGGUCCGUUACUAAUUUCCGAUUCUACCCUCCUUACAAUUAUUACUCUGAAUUAAUUUUUCAGACUUAUCUUUUCCCUUUGUCAGACUUUCUCCCGCACGUUCUGGUCUCUCCCCUCCCUUCUUCCCGGUCUCAUCUCUCUCCAUUCUUAUUUCUGAUUUCUCCUCUAGCCAGUUUCUCCCAUUGUUUCAUCUCCAUCGAACUUCUCUCUUUUCCAUCGCUAGCUGACAACAAAAGGUUUAGACGGUUAAUUUCUCCCCAUCUCCGGCCAACAGCGUGCGACGGCAAAGGUAAGUUGUCUUCAUCUUCUUUCUUCUUAUCUUCUUCUUCUACUCCUUCUUCCUCAAUUAGUGAAGCAAUAAAAACUCUUAAAAACUCUUC